AUAUAAACAUGCAUGAUAGUAGGCAAAUCACAAGCAAUUCUUUCUUUAUCUUCAUCAAAUCCCAAAUCAUGAUGAAAACCAACUACACUAUGCAACUGUCAUUGCUUGUUAGUCUCAUUUUCAUUCUCUGCAGCUUCAACCAAAUUACAUCAGUAUUUGCUGCAGAGGAGAAUCAAGAGCAUGAUCACAACUUAAUGACAUACAUUGUUCAUGUCAAAAAAUCAGAAAAUGUUGCUUCCUUUCAAUCAGAAGAUUUGCAUAGCUGGUACCAUUCAUUUCUUCCACAAAAUUUUCCUCACAAGGACAGAAUGGUUUUCUCAUACCGCCAUGUAGCCUCUGGAUUUGCUGUGAAGCUGACACCAGAAGAAGCCAAAUCUCUUCAAGAGAAAGAUGGAAUUUUGUUAGCAAGACCUGAAAGGACACUUUCAUUACACACAACUCACAGUCCAACUUUCUUGGGUCUGAAGCAUGGACAGGGGUUGUGGAAUGAUGAUAACCUUGGAAAAGGUGUCAUAAUUGGAGUCAUAGAUUCAGGAAUAUACCCUUAUCAUCCAUCAUUCAACGAUGAAGGAAUGCCGCCACCACCUGCAAAAUGGAAAGGCCAUUGCGAAUUCACUGGAGGGAAAAUAUGCAAUAAUAAGCUCAUCGGUGCAAGAAGUUUAGUCAAAAGCACGAUUCAAGAGCUUCCACUUGAAAAACAUUUCCACGGAACACACACUGCUGCUGAGGCUGCAGGAAGAUUCGUAGAAGAUGCAAGUGUUUUUGGUAAUGCUAAAGGUGUAGCAGCUGGUAUGGCACCUAAUGCUCACAUAGCAAUGUACAAAGUUUGUACUGAUAACAUUCCAUGCGCUGAAAGUUCUAUCUUAGCUGCAAUGGAUAUUGCUAUUGAAGAUGGUGUAGAUGUUCUUUCACUUUCACUAGGUUUAGGUUCUCUUCCAUUCUUUGAAGACCCAAUUGCAAUUGGUGCUUUUGCUGCUACUCAAAAUGGUGUUUUUGUUAGUUGCUCUGCUGCAAACUCCGGUCCUGGAUACAGCACUCUCUCCAAUGAAGCUCCUUGGGUCCUCACUGUUGGUGCCAGCACAAUUGAUAGAAAAAUUGUAGCAUUAGCAAAGCUAGGAAAUGGAAAUGAAUAUGAAGGUGAAACAUUAUUCCAACCGAAAGACUUUUCUGAACAAUUAAUGCCACUUGUAUAUUCAGGUUCAUUUGGAUUUGGAAACCAGACACAGAAUCAGUCUUUGUGUCUUCCAGGAUCCUUAAAGAACAUUGAUCUAAGUGGAAAAGUAGUGGUGUGUGAUGUCGGAGGACGUGUUUCAACUAUUGUGAAAGGACAAGAAGUUCUAAAUUCAGGCGGUGUUGCUAUGAUCCUUGCAAAUUCAGAAACACUUGGUUUCAGCACUUCUGCUACUGCUCAUGUUUUACCUGCGGUUCAACUGAGUUACGCAGCUGGUUUAACAAUCAAAGAAUACAUAAAAUCAACUUACAAUCCAUCAGCAACAUUGAUAUUCAAAGGAACAGUAAUUGGUGAUUCUUUAGCUCCUUCUGUUGUUUCAUUUUCUUCAAGAGGACCAAGCCAAGAAAGUCCUGGAAUUCUUAAACCAGACAUCAUUGGUCCAGGUGUCAACAUUCUAGCUGCAUGGGGUGUUUCUGUAGACAACAAAAUUCCAGCUUUUAACAUUGUUUCCGGUACUUCAAUGUCUUGUCCUCACCUAAGUGGUAUUUCUGCAUUGAUCAAAAGUUCUCACCCUGAUUGGUCACCAGCCGCUAUAAAAUCAGCAAUCAUGACAACUGCAAAUACUCUCAACCUCGGCGGGAUACCUAUACUGGAUCAAAGGCUUUUGCCGGCUGAUAUUUUUGCUACUGGUGCAGGACAUGUUAAUCCUGUUAAAGCUAAUGAUCCUGGUCUUGUUUAUGAUAUUGAACCAGAAGAUUAUGUUCCUUAUCUGUGUGGUUUGGGUUAUUCUGAUAAAGAGAUUGAAGUUAUUGUUCAACGGAAAGUGAAGUGUUCUAAUGUGAAAAGUAUACCAGAAGCUCAAUUGAAUUAUCCUUCUUUUUCUAUUCUGUUGGGGUCAGAUUCACAAUAUUAUACAAGAACUUUGACUAAUGUUGGGUUUGCAAAUUCAACUUAUAAAGUUGAACUUGAAGUACCUUUGGCUUUGGGUAUGAGUGUUAAUCCGAGUGAAAUAACAUUCACUGAGGUCAAUGAGAAGGUUAGUUUUUCUAUUGAAUUUAUACCACAAAUAAAGGAAAACAGAAGGAGUCAAACUUUUGCUCAGGGCUCUCUCACUUGGGUGUCUGAUAAACAUGCUGUUAGGAUCCCUAUAUCUGUCAUUUUUAAGUGAUGAUGCAUAAAGGGAGAUGGUGAUAAGAUAAUAUGAUACUCCAGAAAUAAAGAAGGGAAUGGAAUAUAUUUGUACCAGAAAUUCAUGGUAAUUCACUUGGUACUUGUAUUUGUUAUUGGAAAUGCAACAGCAUUAUUGUUAUAAUAAGUUUUUACAUAUACAUAUAAGCCAAUAAAUGUUUUUGACUAAAGAGAUGUUGAAUGAAAUAUCGACAAGAUAGAUAUAGCAAUAAAAUUCCAAGUGUGUCACUUCA